UUAGCCGUUUUCUGCGAGGAAGGAGUCCGGCGACUCCCGCAGAUGAAGGAGCAGCGUGUCAGUUGACCAUAGGAGGCUUCCGUCCCUCGGGCGGGUUGUGAUUGGGAACCGGGACUGGGUCCGGCCCGUUAUGCCUCAUUCCAUCCGGCUGGCCUUUUCCCUCCCUGUGUUCCUGAUAGCAGUUCAUGCUAGCAUGGAGAACAACCACACCUUCCUGUACUUUGCGUAUGGCAGUAAUCUACUGAAGGAGCGCCUGCGACUCAAGAAUCCCUCAGCGACUGUCCUCUGUGUGGCGAGGCUUAAGGACUACAAGCUGGUUUUUGGGAACCACAAAGGCCUGACCAGUGACCGGUGGCAUGGCGGCGUGGCCACCAUAGAGCGCAGCCCUGGAGACGAGGUUUGGGGGGUUGUGUGGAAGCUGAGCACAUCUGAUCUGGAGUCACUAGACAAUCAGGAGAACGUGAUGUUGGGAGCCUACAGUCCUGUGGAGCUGUCGGUGAAGACGAAGGGCGAGGAGCUGAGCUGCCGCACCUACAUCAUGAACAGCUGUGUGUACGCGCCUCCGUCGCCACAGUACCUGCAGGUGAUCAUGAUGGGAGCGCAACAGAACGGCCUGCCGAAGGAAUACCAGGACAAGCUCCGAGCCAUCAGGACCAACAUGUUCGAGGGACCCCUGCCCGUCAUGACUGAGCUGGAGCAGGUGCUGAGGAGGGCCAGAGGGGCUGACUGCUCUGGUACAGUCCACCGGAACCAGCUGACCCGCUUGAGCUGUUGGGAUCCUCCUGCUGAGGCGGGACUGACUAGUCCACUGGCAGCAGCGAUCGACACUGAUGCACAACAAUGAGGAAGCUGUGAGGAUGCAGAACCUUCACCUGCUCUGCUGCCGUUCUACCACCUAUGAUGUGAGAUGAAGCCUCAAUCUACACAAAGACAGAGGCAGAAGAUAAUGGAGGUGGAGACCACUGUGUCCAUCUGUGAGAUGCUAUGAAUGUGACGACCCGCUGACACCACCAUGAAGUCUUGUAAAUAAAACAUCACUUUAAGUUA